AUGCAACAUGCGACAAUGCUACCUCUCUUACACUUGUGUCGCCGCCAACAACAACAGCAACAACAACUAACACAAGUAGAUAAUCGCCCACUGCCGUGUACAGUGUACCGUGUGCCGUGCGUAGCAAGUGACGAGCCGCUGAAUGGGCAGUUAGCAAGCAGCAAGUAUGGCAAGUCAAAACCACAAAAGCAACAGCCGCAACUAUUGCACCACCACCAACAACACCACCACUACCACCAGCUGCCUACACCAGGAUGUGCUUUUCACAUGUACGACGGUGUUUCCGCCGAAAGUGAGGGCGUGCGAUUUAUACGCCUUCGAGAGGAUGCCGAGAUCGGCAAGGAAAUACUUUUACUCCGUGCCUAUCCACGUUCAACUAUAGCCCUAAAGAGUGUAGACAAUUCAGGGGACCACAAGUAUUUUGGAUUCACUGAGUUGAAUACAACAACUGUACGGAUAACAUUAGCACGUUCCGUUGAGGAUUUGGUUGAUCGUGAUGUGCCGAGAAAUCUAUUGAAAUUCCGAGUACUCUGUGCAGGUAAAAAUGAAAAGCUCGAAGAGGGAAGUUACAUGUCAAUUACUGUAUACAUCGAAGAUGUCAACGAUAAUGCACCGGAAUUUCUGAACACACCGUACAUCAUCGAUGUGGAUGAAAAUACGCCACCAGGCACCAUUGUUUUUGAGGGAAUACAGGCAUUCGAUCGUGAUAAACCGAAUACACCCAACUCGGAGGUACACUUUAGUAUGUCGACUGUACCGGAACAACUAUCCGCCGACGGCAGUCCGUAUUUCUCAUUGAAAAGUCCCCAUCGUCCAUUGUUAAUACUAAAGAAAGAAUUGGAUUUCGAUAAUGGCAUACGACUUUUCAAGCUGCCGCUCUUCGCUUGGGAUCGCGGCACGCCAGCCAAUCAGGUGAAUACCACAAUCACAAUCAAUAUACGAGAUGUGGACGACUUGCCACCAAAAUUUACUGAGGGUGUUUAUCGCACCAAAAUCAAUGAGUUCUAUCCCAUGACGGGUAUACCCAUACGCAUACCGCUUUAUUUCUCGCCGCCGAUCAUGGCCUUCGAUCAAGACUCGCUGAACGCCACGCUAAUAUACGAAAUCAUUUCGGGUAACGAGCGCAAACUUUUUCGGGUCAAUCCGAACAAUGGCAUUAUAUAUCUGCAAAAGGAAGUGGAUUUAGAGGAGGAGAGUUUGCCAGGAAACACUUUUGUGCUGCAGGUGGAGGCGCGCCAACGCGAAAAUCCGCUUAAGAAAGCUGUCGCCAGAAUUGAGGUGGAGGUGCUGGAUCUCAAUGAUAAUGUGCCUGAAUUUGAAGCGGAUUUUUACAAUAUUUCCAUUGUCGAAAAUUUACCCACCGGCUUCAGUGUGCUGCAAGUGAAUGCUGUCGAUCGCGAUCAAGGUGAAAAUGCCGAAUUCUUAUAUCAACUCACCGAGGAACCCGUGGCAGCUGGUGCUUUUCGUAUUGACACACGCACCGGUUGGAUUACGGUCAACGAUGAUCGUCUGCUCGAUCGAGAGCAACGUAAAUCAUUGCAUUUAAUGGUGGAAGCAAUCGAACGUAAUCCACCUUAUCUGCCCGAUGUUAAUCUGCGCAAACCAGGACCGAGCAGAGUGAAAGUCGAUAUAACUUUACUCGAUACAAAUGAUAACACGCCUAAAUUCGAGCAUGGCAAUUUGUAUGAAUUCAAAGUAUCUAUAACGGCGGCGGUGGGUUAUAAGGUGGGGCAAGUUGUGGCACUAGAUCCAGAUGAAGGCCCUAAUGGCUUGCUUUUGUAUGAACUGCAACGACCUAAAGGCAGUGGCUACAUACCGUUUAUAUUGGAUACCAAAAACGGUACGAUUUACGUUAAUGGACCACUGCGACGAGGUCGUAUGGCGGUGUUUGUGGAAGCGAGCGACCAGCCCAUAAAUCCAUCGGAACGCCGUUUUUCGCUUGCCGUCAUUACGAUUGAGGUGUACGCAACGAUCGAUGACCAAGUGAUUGAUUUUGUUGGUGCGCCGUAUGAGUUUUGGGUCGGCUCCAAUGCACCGCUGGGCACAUCUGUGGGGCAAGUACGCACCACACUGAUCUAUGAUGGCGAAGAUGAAAUCAUGUAUGAUCUCUUGCACACCUAUUCGGAGGGUGUGCCGUUUGCGAUCGAAGAGCGUUCUGGCAUUAUCACAGUAAUACGCGAGCUCUCCGAAUUCAACCGAAAGGUCUAUCUCUUCGAAGCGGUGGCCAAUUAUCUCUUUGCGAAUUCUACGCAGUCUCUUGUCAUGUCACGUAGCUCGCCACCAGCCACGACUACACCAACACCAGCAGAACUCGGCGAUGAAGGUGUACUGAUCACCAAUGUCACCAUACAUGUGGUCAUGAAACCCGAGAAUAAGGUGCCCUUAAGGCCAGUAAUAGAAGAAAUUAAUCUGAAUGUCAUACGCUUUCACAUUGAGGAGAAUCUUGUAGGCGGUAUUAUAGGUCAACUGCUUUAUAAGAAUGGCAUUAAUGUGUUGAAUAAUGAGCUGGGCACAUACCGACAACUGCAGUCGACCGUCAGCAACGUAACGAUGGGCAGUCGGUUUCGUAGUCGAAGCCGAAGUCGCAACACAGGCGCGAUCCCGCGCAUGCGUUCACCGCGUCGUUUAGCCAGUGACUCGAAUAUCAAAUUGCGCUACAUUAUCGCAAAUCAACAGGAAGUGGUUAAUAAAAUCAGCAUUACGGAAGACGGUACACUACUCACACUAACUGGACUGGACCGUGAGGACAAGGAUCAGUACGAUCUCACUGUGAUCGUUGAGUACACAACGGGUUUGGUCAGCGGCGCAGGCAUAUAUCAAGUCACCAUUGAAGUGGACGACGUCAAUGACAAUGCGCCCAAAUUCAAUAGCUUGUCCUAUGUGGGUCUGAUCAAUGAGAACAGCGUCAGUGGCACAGAGAUCUCGGUUAAUCAACCAAUACAAAUCAACGACGCCGAUUUGGGUAAGAACGCUGAAUUUCGCGUUAUACUACAGGGUGACUAUAGCGAUCAAUUCUCGAUUGACUACUAUAAUGCCAGCAAUGAAAUACAGAACAAGUCGCGUCAUGCGCUACAAACGCCAGCCACUUUCAGUGUUUUUAAUUUAACCGAUCAGUGGAAUGAGGAGUUUAAAUUUGUGGAAAUGCAAAAUAUGCUCAUGCAGUCCAAUAUAAAGCUGUCGAGUGGUCCACAUUUUCGUGUCACCUACAGCGGCAAGCGUGCGUUGGAUCGGGAGAAAGAUCAGAUUUAUAAACUGAAGCUAAUUGCCAUCGACACUGGCGGCUUAUCAACCUACUCGCACCUGAAUAUACUUGUAGCGGACGUCAACGACAAUGCGCCCAUUUUCGAACGCAUUUCUGUGUUCAAAGAAUCGAAGGUAGAGAUACGCGAGUACACGACGGAUAUGGAAAUUUAUUUUGUAGACAACUCAGCCAUGCAAAUGAUGGAUAUGAUACCUUCCGCCAUGGUGGCGCCGCCUUAUCACAUACCGGGCUCGCCGCGUUUUAACUCCGAUUUCAAUUACAACAACAGCUUCACAGAUAUGCGGCAACAACGGGGACGCCGUUCACGUAAACGUUUAGGACGUGGCGCCGGUCAGAAGCCCAUUAUGAAAUGUCCUUUAUUUGCCAUUUAUGAAAACACACCCAUUACCACGAAAGUGUUGCAAGUUAUGGCAAGUGAUGAGGAUUAUGGCAGCAAUGCGGUUGUGCAUUACGAAGUAACUGCCGAGCACGUGGAGCGUCCCAUUGUGGGUGCACAGUUUCCACCACGGGUGAACGGUGCUAAACACUUUGCCAUCGACAAACUAAGUGGCGAGUUGAUGGUCAACUAUGCUUUGGCAGCUAAUUUGGAUAUGCUGCUCAAUCUCACUGCGACCGACAUUGAUGGACUUAAGGACAUAACUUGCCUGCGUUUUACGGUGGUGGAUGUGAAUGAUCAUGCACCGGCUUUCAAGAAGUCUUGGUACAGUUUCGACACCGAGGAAGGCGAGUAUCUGGACAACGUGCUUGGUCAGGUGUUGGCUGUGGAUUUGGAUUAUGGUGAGAAUGCAAAUAUUUCAUAUAGUCUGAGCCAAGCAGAUUUGCCUUUCAAAAUCAAAACGCAUUCUGGUGUUAUUAAGAUCACGGGUUUACUGGAUCGCGAAGUGCAUCCCAAGUAUAAUUUCCAAGUUAUUGCUACCGACAAUGCCGAGCCGUUGUAUCGCAUGUCCAGCAGCGUCGAUGUUGAGGUUAAUGUUAUAGAUAUCAACGACAAUAAGCCCGAGUUUAUCGGCUAUGAUGAUAUGGUGAGUGCGGCUAAGUAUAUUGCUGACGUGCCAGAUCGCACACUCACACUGCCGAUCUAUAAAGCUUAUCUCGAUCGCAGCACCAAGGCUGGCAUAUUUGUGAAGCAGGUGAACGCCAUAGAUAAAGACUACGUGGGGAACGGCAAUGGGCUAGUGUUAUAUUCCAUAUUGCAUCAGGAUAUACACAAACCCAUCUUCCAGAUAGACUCGCGUGAUGGCACAAUCACUACGGUGGCAAGCUUUCGUAGUUAUAAUGAAUAUGAGCAUUUGAAUGUGACUGUGGUGGCCUCGGAUCUGGGCAGUCCUGCGCACUCAUCCACCGCCAUUGUACUCAUCAAUUUACAAGGGCAGGCUGUAACGGAGCCCACUAUAGAGGAGCUGGAGUUGCAAAAUGAACAACGCAAUGUGACAAUAUUCCAACACCAGUAUCACGAAGUGCAAGUGCUGGAGAAUAACAACGCACCAUUGCAGUUAAUUAAAGUUAAUAUCACUAAUGGCUUAAAUCCCGACGUAUUCCGCUGGAGCUUGGUUAUGGAGGAAAAUGACGAAGAGGAGUUCAAUGCUGAGCCACUCUUUGAGUUAGAUCCAAAAACCACAACACUCUUUGCACUUAGGUCCUUCGAUCGUGAGCUGAAAAGUCGCUACCAGCUACGCGUGCGUGCCGAUCGUCUCAAUCGCGAGCCGCGCAACUAUGCACGAAUUUCAUAUCCCGUUACCGACGAGCGCGUCGACGGUUUGGAUCCCAACGAAUGUCGCAUUGUUGUAAAUGUUCAAGACGAAAACGAUAAUGAGCCGCGUUUCAAAUCUGCGGGGCAGGCCAUAAUAUCUGUGGUGCCACGCUUGGCUACCUUCGGUUACCCGGUGACCAUUGUAAAGGCAUAUGAUGCGGACGAGGGCUUGAAUGCUGAAAUUCGCUACCGUCUACUAAACGAGCCAUCACGCCUUUUCGGCAUCGAUGAAUUGACAGGCAAAAUACGUCUCAUCGGCACCUUACCGAUGGAUGAACGCGUCUAUGGGUUUGAUGUGAAAGCAACGGAUCGUGGUGGCGCUGACGACGGGCGUAGCAGUAUUGUAAAUGUGUUUGUUUAUAUUAUCGAUGAGGCACGCCAAGUACGUAUCGUAGUGGCGGGCAGACCAGUUGAAGUGGAGCGACGCAUUGAUGCACUGAUGCAAGUCCUCAGCGAUGCCAUACAAAUGGAUGUACGUGUGCGCUUAUUAGAGCCGCAUUUAGGUGGCCUUGAACCAGCCACCGAUGCGUACAUUUAUGCAGUGGAUUAUCGCACUAAUGCCAUUUUGGAAAUGGAGCAAUUGCAGGAAUUACUCGCUGGCUUGCAGUUGGACACCUUGCAGCUGCAGCAGCAGCAACAGCAACAAGAACAAGACAAUGAUUUAUACGAAAGCAAUAGCAUAAUGCCGCGCAUCAUCGAAUUGGCUGAAUUCGGUCAAUUAGCACGGAGCACAACACAUUCGGCCAAUUUUAUUAGCGGUUUGGAGAUUGUCAGCAUUGUGUUGAUUGUUUUAUGUGGUAUUGGAGCGGCAAUGACGGCAUUGUGUUUCCUGUGUCUGCGUCAAAAACGCAACACCAUUUGGUCGCAGCCGGAAUUCCCAUCAUCGGAAACCGGUCUCACAUACAGUGUUGCACGUACUGGCCUUGUCGGUGCGGCCGGCACUUGUCGCCAACAUCGCAGUCGCCAACUCCAAUUGCAGCAAAAGCAACAGCAAUUUCAACAACAAAGCCAAUUCCAAUUUCAACAGCAACAACAGCAGCAGCAGCAGCAACAAAUACAACUGUGCGGUAAGUCGGUGAAGACCACAAGUUCUUUCAUUCCAGAAUCGGUGUGCUCCUCCUCGUCUCAGACACCGUCGACAGCUGUUGUCGCCUCGUCGCCAAACAGUGAUCAUCAGCAUAAGCAACAACAUCAACAACAACAACAACAGCUGCAACAGCAUCAAACACAUCAACAUCAUCAUCCACAUAGUAGUCAGCAUAAUCAUGCACUUCAUUCGCAUCUCAAUCAUUAUACUCAUGGUGGGCAUAUGCAGCAACAACAACAACAACUACUAGCUACACAUCAACACGGCACCGAUCAACGACAACGCGAAUAUAUCGAUGUGCCACUACCUAAAUCCGUUGCCAAGUCAGUGGCUGCUAAUCGCUGUGCCACAUUGGAGAACGAGCCCACUUCGUUGCCAUUUGUACUCAAAUACAAUUCAUGCCAGCCGGUGAAUAAUCUUUCACCCAGCUCAUAUGAGACCUCCAUGUUUUCACUACAUUCAAAUGGCCAAGAUUCUGGCGUCGACUUUCUCAGCAGUCGCGAAUUGUAUGAAACUUCACCGGACUCAUUCAAAACGAGCUCGCAGCAUUCGCAGAGUUUGAGCACAUUGGAAAUGCUAUGUCCCAGACAUGCCAAACAUAAGCAUAAUGGCAACAGCAACAACAACACAAGUGGUAGCGGUGGCACAGCGAUAGGAAACGAGAGCAGUGAUAACUAUGAAGAUUCGCUCAAAAACGACGAACCUUUGGUGGCUACAAAUUGUCGCAAUCCACAUGGCUUGAACAAAUCGCUAUGCGAACACCACCAACACCACCGGCACGAUUAUCAAAAUACACAAUUUGAGAAGCGUUCGUGUGUGCGACACUCCUUCUCAGGCGUCAAGGAUGAUUUGGUGCAGAAUUCACCGCAGAUUUCGUUGCGUCCACGUGGCCACGUGUUGCGUAACUCCAUGAACGAUCUAGAGGAGCGACUACACAAUUUGGAGCAAUCGUUUCGGCGGCCGUUGGAUUACGCCAAGUCCAGUUCGAUAUUUUAGUUUGUAAAUAAGAGACGUUUAGGGUUAAUAAGAGAUUUUGAAUAUA